GUUAAUAGAUCGGACAGUAGUCCAUAUGUCUGCGAUCUCAACAAAGUUUUGAUAAAUUAGUGAUUUGCUCUCGUAAUGGGUGUACUGGCAAGUGUUAACACGAAAAAAUCUUCUGGAAGUCGAAUCUACCAAUACAUCGCCGCUAUAACUGCAAACUUGGGCAUAAUAUGCAGCGAGAUGCACUACGGCUGGCCUUCACCCUUCGUUCCCACCCUGCAAAGCGGACAAUACCAUUUCCAGAUAAGCAGCGAAGAAGGGUCGUGGCUAGUCGUGGCCCCGUUGGUGGGCGCCAUCUUCGGAGCCUUCGUCACUGCCUUGAUCGUCGAUAGAUUCGGCAGGAAGAGACUGAUCAUCUUUUCUUCGCUACCCUUCGUGACGUCGUGGUUGCUGAUCGGCUUCGCGGAUUCCUCCACGUUGAUGUUUGUAGGGAGGGUGUUGGCAGGAGCUGCGGAUGGCUUGUCGUUUACAGCAGGUUCGAUCAGACCGAAUCAUGACGUCAUAAACAUCUUCGGGGCCUAUCUAGCUCUGGACACCGUCGCCUACAUCGGCACAAUCUUCCCGAUACUGCUUCUGGUCACUUUCAGCUGGAUGCCGGAGAGUCCGUACUAUCUUUUGAUGCACGGGAGGACUGUCGAGGCGAGGAAGAGUCUUCAAACUUUCCGGGGUGUAGAGGAGGUCACAAAGGAGCUGACGAGGAUUUCGGGAGCUAUCCAGGAACAGGCGGACAAUCGGGGGUCCGUUUUCGAUUUGGUCACAGUAAAGAGCAACCGUAAAGGAUUGUUUAUUACCUUAGGUCUCAGAGGAAUCCAACAGCUCAGCGGCACCACAGCUAUAAUAUUCUACUGCAAAACGAUAUUCAAAGAGGCCGAAGGUUUCAUCUCCUCCAGCCUAGCCACGAUAAUAUACUUCUCGGUGCAGCUUUUCCUCUCGGCGCUGACAUCUUUCGUGGUCGACAUCUCCGGCAGAAGGCCGCUGCUGAUCGUCUCGACUACGGGCACGGCUUUGACGCUGCUUCUCAACGGCGUCUUCCUCUACCUGAAGAACUGCACCGAGGUCGACACCAGCAGCUUCGAUUUCGUCCCGCUGAUCGCCCUCCUCUGCUUCGUCAUCGUCUUCAGCGUCGGUCUACAAACGAUUCCUCUCCUGGUGAUGGGAGAGAUCUACCCGACUAGUGUUAAGGCUAUCGCUCUCUGCUUCAUGGACAUUUUCUACAGCGUCAUCGUGAUCCUUAUAUCGAAAUUCUUCCACUGGUCAAAUGAUACUUACGGAAUGCAUGUGCCGUUCUUUACAUUCAGCUGCUGCUGCCUACUCGGGCUGGUUUUCAUCGUUUUUUACGUUCCCGAAACCAAGGGGAAGACUCUGGAAGACAUCCAAGCCGAACUCCGAGGUCAGAAACAAAAAGCUGCUGUCAGAUACGUUGAGGGAGAGAAAUUUUAUUGAAGCAUCUGUAUCGAGUUUGGUUGUGCAUUUGACACACAUCGACCCGACUCAUUGUUGAAAUACUUACCUAUUCAACAAAUCACAGCAAAGCAACAAGCCGUUACUUUCAAUGAAUUAUAG